UCCUUUGCAAUUUAUAAAGAGAGGUGGUGGGAGAUAAAACUGGAUAGUUGAGGAGUCUGCAUCUGCACGAUGCCUGGGACUUCACAGCUACCUGUAAUCGCCAACAUGUGUUUGGUCCUGUUUUCUGUAAUUGGGCUCAUCACUCAAAUUCAAGCAAUAGCCAUAAAGCAGGCACCAGAACCAGAGUACUACAAAGUUAUCUAUCCUAGAAAACUACACAUCUUACACAAAAGAGAGACACAGAACAACCAGAAAGAGAACCAUGGCAAAGAGGAAAGAUAUGAUUCUGAACUUCAGUAUCAGAUUGCAUUAAAUGGAGAAGAAGCCAUUCUUCACUUACAAAAAACCAAACAUCUCCUGGGACCAGACUACACUGAAACAUACUACUCACCCACAGGAAAGGAAAUCACCACAAAGCUUCAGAAUAUGGAUCACUGCUACUAUGAAGGACAUAUUCUAAAUGAAAAGGAUUCUGUUGCUAGCAUUAGUACUUGUGAUGGGUUGAGGGGAUACUUCACACAUCAUAAUCAAAGAUACAUGAUAAAGCCACUGAAGAACAAAGACCAAGAAGAGCAUGCUGUCUUCACAUAUAACCCAGAGGAGAUGGACCCAGCUAAUCAGACCUGUGGCCUAAAAAAUGUUGGCAAGAAGAGAGGACUUUCUCGGAUCUCAAGGUCACUCAACAGCCCAGAACAAGAACAAUUUCUUCAAGCUGCAAAGUACAUUAAUCUCUUCCUGGUGCUGGAUAAUGCCUUUUAUAACAUGCAUAAUGGAAAUCUAACUGUGAUAAGAAGCUUUGUAUUUGAUGUGAUGAACCUUCUCAAUGUGAUUUAUAAAACCAUAAAUACUCAAGUAGUCUUAGUGGACAUGGAAAUCUGGUCUGAUGGUGAUAAGAUCAAGGUGGUACCCAGCACAAGUGCCACUUUUACCAACUUUUUGAAUUGGCAUCAUUCUAACAUGGCGAGAAGGAGAAUUCAUGAUCAUGCUCAGUUACUCAGUGGGAUUGGCUUCAACAAUAAACGUGUUGGAAUGGCAGCCAGGAAUUCCUUGUGCACCCCAUCUUCAGUUGCUGUUAUUGAGGCUAAGAAAAAAAAUAGUGUGAGUCUUGUAGGAGUGAUGUCACAUGAGCUGGGUCAUGCCCUUGGUAUGCAGGAUGUCUCAUAUAAAACCAAGUGUCCUUCUGGAAGUUGUGUGAUGAAUCAGUUUCUGAGUUCAAAAUUUCCAAAGGAUUUCAGCACAACAAGCCGUUCACUUUUUGAAAAGUACAUUUUAUCUAAAAAACAAAAUUGCCUACUGCAAGUACCAUUUCCAAAAGACAUAAUAACAAAACCAAUAUGUGGAAACAAACUUCUGGAAAUAGGAGAAGACUGUGAUUGUGGCUCUUCUACGGAAUGUACCAACCUGUGCUGUGAAGCUGAGACCUGUAAAUUUAAACCCAGAGCUGACUGUGGAGAAACUAUGAACAAUGCCUGAAAGUGAGCCAUCUGUUUGAGAAGAUACCUUGCCAGGAUAAGAAUCCAGUAUUAUAAGCUUGCCAGCAUUUCAUAAUUCUAUUGUUGUGUUUUCACUGUUAGCAUACUAUCUAUAUUUUUACUAAUACUUUGAGAGGUUGACUAUGUUUCUUACCUAAUCUUCAAUGUUUAAAAGGAUCUUGACUCCUUGAAGCACAAAAUGAUUAGCCUUUGAUCAAACAUCUCAAGAUGCAUUGCUGAAUUAUGCAAGCUUAACUCAGAAUGGUACAAUUAGUGAUGAACUGUGUUUUGUUUUGUUUAAACUCCAGUAUCACUUUACUAAAGAAAAUUUGGAUUUCUGUUAUCUCAAGGGUACAUUUCCACAUUUCUCCAAGAUAGUUAGCAGUACAUUUCACCCUCAACCAAAACAUCAUCUUUUCCCAUCUUAGGAAUUAGAGCACCAACCUUCCCUUAGACUCUCCACUUUGCCCCUAUUUCCUAGAUCUGUUGCAAUGGACUACAGUCUAUUGAAGAUUCAACCUGUUUUUGUCCUCUGCUUGUUUUUUUUUUUUUUUUUUUUAGAUUCCAUCUGAGUAAGAAUUUAUCUUUCCCCUUCUGACUUAUUUCACUCAACCUAAUUCCCUUGAAUUCCGUAAUUCCAUUCAUGUUCUAGCAAAGAAGACUAAGUCUUUUUUUUUCCAGCUGUUAAGUAUUCCAUUGUGUAUAUAUACCACAACUUUGGCCAUUACAAAUAACACUACCAUGAUCAUGACUGUGCAUAAAUCUUUUUAGAUAAGUGUUUUUUUUUUUGUUUUGUUUUGUUUUUUGUAUAGAUGCCUAGGUGAGAAAUUGCUGGGUCACAAGAUGACUUGUAUUUUAAACCUCUAUCUGUUAUACUGGUAGAUCCCAUGAAAUAAUAAAGCUACAUGGAUUCUGGAUGCUUUGGUAGAAGAAAAGGGAGUACUAUUCAUCUGGUAUUUGUUUUUUAAGUAGUGUGCUCUUAAUCACAUGACAUUUUCCUGUAUAAUGCCAGAACUAAUUAAAUUAUAAAUGUUUUCAAUUUUAUCAGGCAUAAUCCUUUACCUAGCUCACUCACUAUAUCCUGUAACAUUUGUAUUGUUUGCAUUUUAACUUAGCCAUGAGAGAAUAUUUCAGCCAUCUGUGGAUUUUAUGAACUAUAAAGCCAAUAAAUAAAAAUACAACUUUC